AUGCUCCGCCUCCGCCUCCGAUGCCGCGCCCUGUCCCAGCUCCUCCCGCCCCCAUCCUCGUCUCCCAUCUCCCAGCUCCUCGGCUACCACAGCCGCCUCCUCUCCGCGGCCGCGCCCGUCGUCUCCCCGAACCCUAGCUUCGCCGUCGAGGAUUACCUCGUCUCCACCUGCGGCCUGACCCGAGCCCAGGCACUCAAGGCCUCCCCCAAGCUCGCCCACCUCAGGUCCCCCGCCAACCCCGACGCCUUCCUCUGCACCAAGGUCGACAAGGGCCUGUCCCCCAUCGUCGCGGGCCUCUCCGGCGUCGGCCUGUCAGAUCCCGAGAUGGCGCGGCUCCUCUCGCUCGCCCCAGACAGAUUCCGCUGUAGAUCCAUCGUCCCCAAUAUACACUACUGCCUGUGCAUCUUCGUGUCCUACGAGAAUCUCCUCUCUGCUGUCAAGCGCAAUUUCUACAUUCUCACGUCCAACCUUGAGAGAGUGAUCAAGCCCAAUGUCGCGGCCCUGCGAGAGUUUGGGCUUGGUCCUUGUGCUAUUGCCAAGCUGUGCCUCGCUCAGCCAUGGCUGCUCACCUGCAACGUAGAGUGUGUCCGGGCGACGGCGGUGUGCGUCCAAGGUCUGGGUAUACCCCGAGGAUCUGGGAUGUUUAGGCAUGCACUCAGUGCUGUUGCAUUCGUCAGCGAGGAGAAAAUCGCCGCCAAAGUGGAGCACCUGAAGAAAACAUUCAGGUGGUCGGAUGCUGAGGUGGGCAUUGCUAUUUCUAAGGCUCCAAAUGUGCUGAAUAAGACUAAGGAGUUUCUGCAGAGAAGGUCAGAGUUCCUCAUCUCUGAUUUGGGGUUGGAACCCGCAUACAUUGCUCAUCGCCCCGUAAUGCUCUCGUACAGCUUGGAGGGCCGGCUAAGGCCCCGGAGCUACGUUGUGAAGUUUCUUAAGGCAAAUGGAUUGCUAGAUCCCGACCGGGACUUGUAUUCCGUGCUUGUAGUGACUGAGAAGGUAUUCAUGGAGAGAUUUACAUGAAGCAAGGACUGGUUAUGGAAAUCGCUAACUGUGUAUGGCAUGACAGUUUUCACCAUUCAUAGUAAGCUGGUAAUUCACAUUAUUAUUUUUUCCCCCUAAAUAGAGAUUGAUUUUCUGCUGUAGUAUGUCUUCCAUAUGCUGGUUUGGUCGCUGCUAAUGCCUGAUGAAAUUGAUAGUUUAAUUCAUGAACCCUGUGGUGUUGAUGUAAUGAUGUUCUAGUUAAGUAGACAUGAAAGCAUCGCCUGCAAUCUCUAGAAAUGAGAGUCCAUGAAUAUAUUUGUGUUUCUGACUUCCAUUUCUAGGAUAAUGGAAAUUGAAUAUGUGGGUAGACCAAUUUCCUUGUGAAACCAGAACCCAGAGAAUCAGAAAGGAUGAGAACUGUAUUGCAUCGUUUUCCAGUAAAUAUAUCAUAUGAGUUGCUUUCA